GGCUGUGUGCAGGUCAGGGAGGUUGGAAAUGUUUUUGCGGAAUUUCAGUCCGUCGUCGACAGGCUGAAGGAAGCAGAUGAACAGAGCUGCUUGCCUCGAUCUGCUCCCGCACUUCAAGGUGAGACCUUCUUUUCUUUUUCUUUUUUUUUUUUUUUUUUUUUUUUUUUUUUGGAAGAGUAGCAUUUUCGAGUUCUUCCUUCUCUUCUUCGUCGAUAUUCUCAAUUUGUAAAAUCAACACCAGAGUGACAAUUGAGUUACUUCAAUUAAUAUAGUUUACAUUACUGUUGGAUGGCUGCUGAGGAGUUUUCCUCCUCCUCCUCCUCCUCUUUCUCCACUUAGUGACCCAGUUUCAUAAUCUAAUGUCAUUUCGUGAAAUGGAUGGGAUGGGAUGGGAUUGGGAUGGGGAUGGGCAUGGGGAUUGGGAUGGGAUCGAGAUUGGGAUGGGAUUGGGAUUGGGAUGGGAGGGGGAUGGGAUGGGGGAUUGGGAUUGGGAUGGAAAUGGCCUUUGUCCGAAAGUCGCAUCCACGGCAUCCGAAAGUCGCGAUGAGGGUCCCGCGGGCCGAUAUGUGGUCUAGUGCCUGACGGUGGAUAAAUCUCAUCGAUGGCC